AUGCUAUCUAGCUACAAUGUUCUGGACUUAGCUACGGGUACAGGUGUCGUUGUUUCACUCGGCUGUCGCUUCAUUUCCGGCGAUGUGACGUUUAGACGUGCGUACGGCAGUUACGUCAUGUGUCAGAGAUUUUCGCAGACCCCGCCUUUUUUCUUUUUAUUGCUCUUCAAACGAUUUUCUCUUUCAUUUCUCACCCUGCCUUUUUACCCUCUUUCUUUUUGGUCUCUAUUUUCCGUCGUGGCUAUCGCUCAAGGUUCAACCCCUAGCUCUUCUGAGUUUGUCACACUUCAAGAGGCGUAUGGUCUUACUCCGGAUGAUGGGGUGGAAUUUCCUGUCUCCGGUUCUUUGAUUACUCAUCCUCCUCUCGGGAAGAUGCUGACUCCCGGCACUAUUCACAAGGUGGUAGCUUUCGAGAUGAUAUGGCGUGCUAACGGCAUCAUACCCAAUUACUUCGUCUUCAAGUACUUCUUCCGGUUUGCUGUCACUAAUGACAAGUAUACUUUCUCCGCCCGUCCGGGGGGGGAUAAUCUUGUUAUGGACAGUAAUCCUCCCAAGAAUAGGUAA